UUGAAAACAGCAACAAUCUAUGUUGACAAAAUAAUUCAAAUCUAACUAUCACUAGCAUAAAAUUCUUAUUUUGUUAUCCUUUCCAAUAGAAAUUGUUUUAUGAUAGUGAAAAUAAUAACAAACUUUAUGACAAUAACCCUAAAAUAUCAAUCCUUUUAUAAUUGAAUAAUUUCCAAUUUGAAGCUUUACUUUUUUGUACAAAAUAGUAUCUAAAUUUGAGAAGUAUGAACUUGGAACUUUUAGAAUCUUUUGGUCAAAACUACCCGGAGGAAUUCGAUGGAACACUUGAUUCUUUAUCAAUUGCAGUUACCUGUGCUUUCAACAAAAGGGGAACUCUUUUAGCAGUAGGAUGUAAUGAUGGUAGAAUAGUUAUCUGGGAUUUCUUAACUCGAGGAAUCGCUAAAAUAAUAUCCGCCCAUGUUCAUCCUGUGUGCAGUAUAAGUUGGUCUAGAAAUGGACAUAAAAUUGCUUCUGCAUCAACUGAUGAUACAGUAUGUAUUUGGGAUGUACUUACUGGGGAAUGUGAGCAGAAAUAUCGAUUUCCAUGUCCAGUUCUCAAAGUACAGUUUGAGCCAAGAAAUAUGGAACGAUUACUUGUAUGUCCUAUGAGACAUGCAGCGGUUCUAGUAGAUAUAAACGGAGGGCAUCAAGUGAUUCCCAUUGAUGACGAUGGAGACCUUAAUAUAUCUGCUUCAUUUGAUAGAAGAGGAAAUUAUGUUUACACAGGAAAUUCAAAAGGGAAAAUCUUAGUGUUGGAUUCAAAAUCACUGGAAGUUAAAGCUAGUUUUAGAAUAGUUUUAGGAACGUCUAGCGCAGCAGCAGUAAGAAGUAUAGAAUUUGCUCGAAGAGGAGAUUGUUUCCUCAUCAACACUGCUGAUAGAGUUAUUAGGGUAUAUGACAGCAAAGAAGUUUUGGCCUGUGGAAAAGAUGGUGAACCAGAACCUAUUCAGAAACUACAAGAUUUAGUGAAUAAAACAAUGUGGAAGAAAUGCUGUUUUUCUGGUGAUGGAGAAUAUAUUUGCGCUGGAUCAGCAAGGCAACAUGCUCUUUAUAUUUGGGAAAAAUCUAUUGGAAAUUUAGUGAAAAUUUUACAUGGUACUAAAGGAGAGUUGCUUUUAGAUGUGGCGUGGCAUCCUGUCAGACCAAUUAUCGUCAGUAUUUCAUCAGGUGUUGUCAGCAUAUGGGCACAAAACCAAGUUGAAAAUUGGUCAGCAUUUGCUCCUGAUUUCAAAGAACUAGAUGAAAAUGUAGAAUAUGAUGAAAGGGAGAGUGAAUUUGAUUUGAAUGAUGAAGAUAAGUCUGUUGCAAGUGGUGGAGAUUAUAAAGAAGAUACAGAUUUAGAAGUGGAUGUUUGUGCCAUCGAACCUGUAGCAGCCUUCUGUAGCUCAGAUGAAGAAAAUGAAAAUUCGGAUUGUCUUCAAUUUUUGCCAAUUGCUCCAGAGAUUGAGGAUCCUGAAGAUGUUUGGACCCCAAGUGAGCCGAAUUUGACUCCUCUGAAUCCUGUAUCAGGACCUCCAGCGAAAAAGAAAAAGUAUAAAUCAUAUGAUAUUGCAUUAGAAAAUACCAGCAGUGGAGAAGUGCACCCAUUAUUGAACAGUAAAACAAAGGAUAAACAAAUGUUAGGAGGAAAAAAAGCUGUUGGAAGAGCUCGAAAAUGAAAUCUUUUCCUCUUGAAUUCAACUGAAAAGGAAUAUUCUGUAAUAUUUUUGCUUACAAUUACCUUGAAUGAAGAAUAAUUCCUGAAUAAAUAUGUUUUGUUUAAAAA